AUGGACUUCGAAAGUCCUGAUGUAGAAAAAGAUUUUCCAGGUCUAUACGCAUCUGAAUCUGGGCGAAAAAGUAACGAAAGCGAUUUUAGUGACGGUGCCGAGCAUGAAAAACCAAGCAAGAAAGAUCUUCUGGGACGUCGUAAAGAUAAAAAAGAAAAGAAAGAUAGAGGCUAUGCUGCUUUAGAAGGGGAAAGUUCUCCGGAGGAAGACACAGAUACAAAAAGUCCAUCAAAAACUAAGAAAACAAAAUCAUUUAAAUUCCCCACAAAAAGUAAGGAAAAGAGAGAAAAAUCAAGGGAUAAAGAAAAAGUGCUUGAUGAUGCAGUCAAACAAAAAGAGCUGAGUGAAAAGGAAAAGAAAAAGGAAAAAGAAAGGGAAAAAGAAAGAGAAAAAGAACGGGAGAAAGAGAAAAAGGAAAAGGAAAAGAAGGGAAAACUAAAAGAUAAAGAUAAGGAAAAAGAAGAGAAAGCAAAGUUUAAACUAGAAUCGAAAGAAAAAUUGAAAGAUGAUAAGAAAGAGAAAGUCAAAGAUAAAGAAAAGGAGAAGGUAAAAGAAAAGGAUAAAGAUAAAAAAGAUAAGAAGCUUACGAAAAUGCCGUCUACUGUCACGUCUGGGGUACCUUUUGAGGAGAUAUUUACUUUAGGAGUCGCGCUACCUAUAUUCGGCGUGCCGUUGCAACAGUCUGUGGAACGUUCUAGAUGUCACGAUGACACCGGCCUACCUCUCGUAGUGAGACACAGCAUAGACUACCUACAGGCACACGGUCUAAAAUGUCCUCAAAUAUAUCGUGCUGAGCCGGAUAAGAUAAAACUCCAACAACUGCGCAAGCUUUACACUGACAGAGGACCGACCUUCCCUUACCAUUGGGACGUACCCGUCGCGUGUGCUAUGCUCAAGAGUUUUAUAAGUGAACUGCCAGAAUCUAUUCUAACUCAAGAACUUCACGGUCAAUUAGAACAGACAACAGCUAUGUCUGAGCCACAACGUGAGGCGUCAGUACGAUCUAUAUUAGCGAGACUUCCAGCUGUUAACCACAGCCUUUUGGGCUGGCUCGUUAAACACCUGGAAGAAGUACUGGCAAAUGAAACGGCAAACCAUGCGAACAUGUCAACUAUAUUGACCUUCAUGUGCCCCGCACUCAACAUAACACACAAUCUUCUGAGCUACUUCAUCACCAAGGCGGACAAAUUAUUCCCCGACAUACGACUCACAAAAUACGUCCCACCACUUCUAUCUAUUCCCGCGGACUUCCCAGAAACCGCUUCAGAAAUCAGUGAAGAGCUUCGCAAACAGGAAUCUCUAUUGAACCAGAUACAUGCUGAGAUGCACGCUGGGUUUAUAACAGGGGCCAGGGACCAACAAUUGUGGGAAGCGCAAAGGAUUGUUACUCAGCUCAAGAGGAAACUUCGCUCUGUUCAAAAAUCUGUUGAGCUAAAUACAGCCCCCAUACACCAACCAUCUGUAGAAGAAAAACUUGAAGAAGAAAACGCGAGGAACUCUUGUAACGAACAAUCAGAAGAAUUGGAUAAACCUCAGCUGACAGACGCCUUCCUAGAAGUUAAAGAAUCACCCGCAGAUCCAACGUUCCCCGUCGAAUUUGAAGAUAAUUUCGAUUUCAAACCACCUGAAACAAACUUUGAAUUCAAACCCGAAGACGAUAAAUUUGACUUCAAAACUCCAGAAAGCAGUUUCGAUUUCAAGACACCAGAUGACAAAUUCAAUUUCAAACCAGAUGAAGACGGAUUUGACUUCAAACAUGAACCAGUAGACAUCGAACCGGAGUCAAUAGUAGAAAAACCGAAAUUCACCGAAAAGGAGUUACAAGUGCUUAGAUUACAAUUGGAAAACGCUGAGUAUCAACAACUAAAAUCAUUACUGCAAGCAAAAAUAAACUCAGAACAGUUUGAGAUAGUUAAACUUAGAAGUCAUGUGACAUUAAAGAAUAAACAAGAAGGGAACACACAGAAUAAUAAAGAAAAUAAAGAUAUUAACACACCAGAGGAACAAGAAUUAAAACAGAAAUUAAUUAAAGAAAACGCCAUGUUGGAACAGAAGAGAAUCAAUUUGAUUAAUCAAAUAUUCCAAGAGAGAGUCGCAUGUAUACAACUAAAGAUAGAACUAGCGAUGAAGGAAAUAUUAACUAAGUCAUAG